AUGUCAAUGGAGGCAAUGUCCGUAUUGACGGCCAAGGCGCCCAGCCGAGUUAUCAGCAAGUGUCUGCGCAUUGUGGAACUCCUGCUUUCCAAACCACAGUCCCGCGAGCAGCUCCUCAACCCUCUCACCCUUGCCAUCGAACUCUUGAGUGUCCUGCACCGCGUCAUCCUCACUCGUGACGGCGAGUUGCACAGCAUGAAACAGGAACUAUUAUAUCGGUUCCUCUAUUUCCCGCGCAACCGUCGAAUAUCCUCCCGGGAACUAGCCUCCGUCGCACCUGAUGCUGGAUCUGCUGAUGUGGGCGAUUUUGGACAUGGCAACCCGAGCGUCUCCUCUGCGGAUGCUUGGUGCUCCUCUGCUUCUCAGACACUAGAGGAGCUCACUGCUUUCCUC